AUGGCGUCAGCUGAUUCCCAGCCGAGGUUUGGCCAGUCUGUCAAGGGGCUGUUAUCCGAUAAAGUGGGCUCCUGUAGCGGGGACGUGAUCGCGCUGACCCGCCAAGUGCUCAAGGGAUCUCGCAGUCAGGAGCUUCUUGGUCAAGCAGCAAGAAAUAUGGUGAUUCAGGAGGACGCCAUUCUGCACUCUGAGGAUAGUCUGAGAAAGAUGUCCAUUAUCACCACGCAUCUACAAUACCAGCAGGAGGCCAUCCAGAAGAACGUGGAGCACUCUAAAAACCUGCAGGACCAGCUGAGACACCUACUGAAGUGACGUAGCAGCAGGAGGACCCCCCCCCCCCUCCCCUUUUUUUUAAAACCACCACUGUCUCAGCAGGAUGAGACGCCAUGUUUUCUACUUCCAAACACACUGCUGGCCGGUGAUCUGGGACUGGAUGUUAUGCCCUGCUAUGAAACCUUGUGUAAUAUUUAGAGGGGUCCGUAAAAAAUAUUCAGCAGCAAACAAACUGUGUGAAGCUAAAUGUUGUCGCCGAGUCAACCUGAGCUGUAAUCCGAGCGUUCGCCGUGCAUGUGAUCGCGUUGCGCCCUAACCCGAGUUAAUGGACGCCCGUUAUAUGGCGGUUACAGCUGAUGGCGGCACCCCAGAGGUACGCCGUCGUCCCCGAUGCUAACGGUUAGCAUGAGAGCUGCGUGGAGGCAGUCUGGAGACGUUCAAUAACAGUUUUCGAGCAAAUAAUUUGGGUUUCAAAAGUCAAAUUAGUCACAUUAAAUUGGUUUGGAGUGAAUGAACAAGGUUGCAACAUAGUUGGGUCAGAAGUCGGUGCGAUUAUUAUUACGUUAUGGCUCCCCAACUCCGACGAGUGAGACGCAUAGAGAGGUCUUCACGUCGGGUUUCUCCGAUCUUUCAUGUCGUCUAAUGUGAUCACAUUUAAAUUGACGUAGACGAUCAUUUGCAAGUUAUGGAAAUAUCCGAGAAGACGCUGAUCGCCAUGCGCGCAAAACAUGUGGCAGAGGUCAUUUCCAUAAUACCUUCGCCGCAGCCUUUUUUGGUACCGUUUCAUGACCUUGACAUUUGACCCGAUCUAUCCCAAAAUCUAAUCAAAUUGUCCCCGGAUAAUAACCAAUCAUCCCACCAAAUUUCAUGCGAUUGGGUUUAAUACUUUUUGAGUUAUGCGAAUAACACACAUCCAAAUAAAUAAAUAAAUACACAGCGAUCAAAACAUUCUCAGAAUGCGAAGGUAACAAUGGAGCGGCGACAACUCUUUUCUUUAGCAAUUGAGGAAGUUUUAUCAAAUUUUCGCUGGUUCCAUUGAGCGUAUUCCAUAUGACUAUUCCAUCAUGCGAUGUUUAAAAAUGUGUAUAAUAUGUGGACGGAAACGAGGCUCGUCAUGGACUUGCUCUGCAGAAACCCUGAACGUUAUUUUUUGUUUGACAUGUUUUGAUCAUUUGUAUUACAUUAAUAUCUAUUAAACAUGUCUUCUGUGUCA